CUGGACGCUGAGGACCUGCUUGCUCGCUGCUCCCACCCCGCCGCCUCGUCCCGCGUGCUCCACUUCGCUCCAUCCACCGAGCCCUCCGCCAGGCGCCAUGCAUCCCGCGCGCCCCGCGCUCUGGGCGGCUGCGCUCACCGCCCUCACUCUGCUCCGCGGACCGCCAGUGGCGCGGGCCGGCGCGGGCGCGGUGGGCGCGGGCCCCGUGGUGCGCUGCGAACCGUGCGACGCGCGUGCGCUGGCCCAGUGCGCGCCUCCGCCCACCGCGCCCGCGUGCACGGAGCUGGUGCGAGAACCCGGCUGCGGCUGCUGCCUGACUUGCGCGCUGCGCGAAGGCGACGCGUGCGGCGUCUACACGGAGCGCUGUGGCACCGGCCUCCGCUGCCAGCCGCGGCCGGCCGAGCAGUAUCCCCUGAAGGCGCUGCUGAAUGGCCGCGGGUUCUGCGCCAACGCCAGCGCCGCCGGCAGCCUGAGUGCCUACCUCCCCUCCCAGCCGUCUCCUGGAAACACCAGUGAGUCUGAGGAGGACCACAAUGCUGGGAGUGUGGAAAGCCAGGUUGUCCCCAGCACACACCGCGUGACUGAUUCCAAGUUCCAUCCACUCCAUUCAAAGAUGGAGGUCAUCAUAAAAGGCCAGGCUAGGGACAGCCAGCGCUACAAAGUUGACUAUGAGUCCCAGAGCACAGACACCCAGAACUUCUCCUCCGAGUCUAAGCGGGAGACAGAAUAUGGUCCCUGCCGCAGAGAAAUGGAGGACACGCUGAAUCAUCUGAAGUUCCUCAAUGUGCUGAGUCCCAGGGGCGUCCACAUCCCAAACUGUGACAAGAAGGGGUUCUAUAAGAAGAAGCAGUGUCGCCCUUCCAAAGGCAGAAAGCGGGGCUUCUGCUGGUGCGUGGACAAGUACGGGCAGCCAUUGCCAGGCUAUGACACCAAGGGGAAAGACGACGUGCAUUGCCUCAGCGUGCAGAGCCAGUAGAUACCGCUGUGCCACUAAACGUGGAGCUCAAAUACGCCUUAUUUUGCACAAAAGACUGCCAACAACGUGAUCAGCAGCUGGCUAUACCUUGAUUUAUAUUUCUCUCUCUCUUUCUCUCUCUUUUUUUUUUGUGGUGAACUGAGUAAAAACAAACAAAACACACACAAAAACAAAAAAACAAAAAAAAAAAGCCAAAGUUUAGACAGAUUUCUGAAAUGCCUCUGGUUGUUUAAAUAGUGAACUUGGUCAUCUUUGUAUCUCGCAGUAGUCAACCAAAAGCAGUUUGACUUUUCCCAUUGCUUCCUAUGAAAACCACACGUGUACUCCAGGCCACAGAUGCCGUCACCCCCUCACUCACCCACCCACUGUGGGCUUCAGUGCUGCUGGCCCUCUGCCUUCUUGAUUUCAGAGGUUCUGUUGCUGAUAGAGAAAAACCCUCUUUGCAUCCCCUGUAAGUAAGUGCAGGCAGUGGAGAAUGGGGAAGCCUGGAACCCAGUGACCCGGACGUCUGGAAGCAUCCCCCUGAGGCCUCUGGUCCUUAUGGUGCCAUCUCUGAAUCAAGGGCCUGGCCCUGUAUCUGCAAGUGGCCCGACCUACUUGGGAACUGUGGGAGAGAAAAAUGUGUUGUCUCUCUUACUAAAAAUGACUAAGAAUGUUCUAGGGCGCUCCGGGAGCCCAUAAAGACAAGGACAAGGACCUUCCUUUGUCAGGCAGCUUCCUGAUGACUUGGCCCAGCAGAAGGCCCCAGGCGGGAGGAGAAAUACCAAACUCCACGUGCAGAGAUGUCAAAAAUAACGGUGCGCUUAGUUCUCCGGAUGACUUCAAGAAAACAGUGUUUUCUGGCCCAACCUCUCAAAAUAAAGUUUGUUGUGGGGUGGGGCUGAGGGGGAGGCAGCUUUCAAAAGAGAGAAGGUUUUCAUCUUCCUUGUUGGAGAGCCUGGUAAGAACAUGGAGAGAAUCACCUGUUUGUUGAUCUUGGGGUCCUUCUCAAACUUUCUUUAUAAUUCAUGCGUGUAUGCAGACAAAAUAUGUUCUUAAUUGUUAACAUUGUAUACAACAUAGCCCAAAUAUAUUAGAAUCUGUACUAGAUAAUCCUAGAUAAAAGGUUAGAGACGCUAGGUGAUGUAACCACAGACACGCCCGAGGAAAGGAGCCUGUGUCUGGAGGCUGGGCCGCUCUCCCCGAGGCCAAGGCCAUGGUGGUCUGGCAAUACAGGGUGUGAGGAAACUGUACUGCAUCCCACGGGGUGGACAUGCGCUGUACAGAGCUUUCCUUGAGAGCACAAAGGAAUCUCGAGACAUUCUGCCUGCCUGUCAGCUUUUCUUUAUUUUUUUAAUUAAGUUUUUGGGGGAAAAAAUGUAUUUUUGAAAAGUUUGUCUUGCAAUGUAUUUAUAAAUAGUAAAUAAAGUUUUUUUAUCAUUUAA